UACGUGGGGCAGUGGACACGUGAUCAAUUCACCUGUGCAUAACCUGUUUAUCUCUGCUGCUCCUGUGACUCGCCGCUCAAGGAUAAAUUUAAAUCCCCGUCGUUUACACCGAAAGUUUGACUUUUCACUGGUUUUGCACAGUAAAUGCUUCAGUCUUCGCAGGAUUUGUGUGCUUUUUGUUACAGGUUUCGUUAGAGUCAGUCGCCGACUGUGUGGACUUCGACCUCGGUCAGGUACCUGUCUCAAACAAGGAAGUCCAAUCGGUUGAGUUCUUCGUUGAUGAAGUCGACGGGCCCUUUGGAAAUGGCAGUACAUGAGCUCGGUUGGCUAUUCUGAAAGGCUUUUAUUCUCAAUGUUGAUCCUAUAACGUUGGCUUGUGACAAUCCUUAACUAUUUGUGGACAGUACCAUCUAAACGGGAUAAAGCUGCUUCCACCCUCCCCCACGGCAUAAGAUGAACAUUUCUUUGGAAGACAUGGAUUCAUCAGCCGAAAAUAAUUCUAUUGUUCACCUGGCUGCACCAAUUCUCCCAGAGAAGUCAGACAUCUCCAACAUGACCAUUAUUCGAACAAGCAACGGGUCAAUCAUAGAGGAUCAGAUGUUUUUAAACACAGUGGCUGCUCAGGCCCUCUCAGGGAUAUUUGUCUGGUCCGCCUUGCUCAUAACAUGCCACCAGAUCUAUACACACCUGCGAUCCUACACUGUCCCCAAUGAGCAGCGCUACAUCAUCCGCAUCCUGUUUAUUGUGCCAAUUUAUGCCUUUGAUUCUUGGCUCAGCCUGCUCUUCAUCAGCAACGACCAGUACUAUGUCUACUUUGAUUCUGUUCGAGACUGCUACGAAGCAUUUGUCAUUUACAAUUUCCUGAGCCUGUCCUUUGAGUAUCUGGGAGGAGAGAGUGCAAUCAUGUCAGAGAUUCGAGGGAAGCCCAUCCAGUCAAGUUGUCUGCAUGGUACCUGCUGCCUCGUUGGAAUGAGCUACUCCAUUGGCUUUUUAAGAUUCUGUAAACAGGCGACUCUCCAGUUCUGCGUUGUCAAACCCAUCAUGGCAGUCAUCACCAUCAUCCUGCAGGCCUUUGGCAAAUAUCAUGAUGGAGAUUUUAAUAUAAAUGGAGGAUACCUAUAUAUCACAAUCAUCUACAACUUCUCAGUCAGCCUCGCUCUCUACGCUCUCUUCCUCUUCUUCUUGGCCACAAGUGACCUGCUCCGGCCGUACGAACCGGUGCUCAAAUUCCUCACAAUCAAAUCUGUCAUCUUUUUAUCCUUCUGGCAAGGAAUGGUCCUCGCCAUCCUGGAGCGCUGCAGCGUCAUACCCAACGCGCUCUUUAUUGAUGGACAAGAGGUCGGCGCCGGCACCGUGGCAGCAGGCUGGCAGAACUUUAUCACCUGUAUCGAAAUGUUCUUUGCUGCUAUUGCCCUCCGAUAUGCCUUCACCUGCACCGUCUACCAGGAGAAAAAAAAUGAAGUGCCAGAGAACAGCCCUCCUAUGCAGAGCAUCUCCAGUGGUCUGAAGGAGACCAUAAACCCAGGGGACAUGGUACAGGAUGCCAUCCACAACUUCUCCCCGGCCUACCAGCAGUACACCCAGCAGUCCACACAGGAGGUGGUCCAGCCCAGCAUGAACGGAAAAGUGGCCACAGGCAACAAGAGCUCCCGCAAGUCUGAUAAAAUCAUGCUGAUUACCUCUGAUGAUGAAUUUUAGGCAUUUUUCCAGCAAAAUCGAAGUGUUUCUCCUUGCCACCCCUAUCUCUGACCCUCUGGGGAAACAGCUGUAUCGCAUCUCGCACAGAGCUGGAUUGAAUCCAGGUGUUUCAUUUUUAUUAUCCCAGUAUUUAAGAUGGACUGCUUACUUCUGUCCUGUUUUAAUGAAUGUUUUAAGCACCAAGAGAAGGAUGAAAUUAAUAAUAGUUUUUAGAUAGCUCAAUGGCCAGAUAACUGAUCUGUCUCCAUCUGGGCAGUAACAAUCACAGGAAAAUGACAUGUCACCUUCACUGUUAUCAGAGACGUCUGGAGCUAUGCAUUUUCUUUAAAUCAAGCUGCUGGUUGUUCAGCAGUAUCCCUGAUCUGAUCUUGAUUCUGUUUCUGUCAUUAUGUCAGUGCUCGAUCGCUGGCCGUCUGAAGUGUGUUCCCUCUGAUUCGUGACAUUUUCAAAGAGGAGAUGAUUAAUAUGUGACUCCAGGUGGGAAGCAGGGAAGCCAGCAAUGGCUGGAAAUGACACUUCAUGGACCGUCUCUCGCAUCUGCUUGUUGAAGUAUUUGCUGAGCAUUCCUCUGCAUGGUUUCCUGACAAAUGGAAAGAGUCGUUCAAAGACACAUUCGUUUUGGAGCAGGCACUUCAAACUGCAGACUAUAGCACUUCGCAAUCCUUUGUAUCUACUGUAGCAUGGGCAAAUUGGAUAAACCUGUCUCCUACAAAGUGGGAGUUGUAGUAUUCUCAUUAAUUUCCCCAGCAUGCUAAAGAGUGUAAUUCAGUGCCACUACACCGCCGUUCAACAGACGCUAACAAGUGCACUAUUGUAAAUGCUUUUGGCAGAACCUUUUUGUGUGUGACGUGUUCACGUCACUAUUAGUGUGUGACAGUGUCCAUGUUCCAGGGAUUAUGAAAUAUGUACAGAAUUUAAUUGGUGUAAAUUGUGGUAUUUUUAAAAAAAAAAAAGAGUGAGAGAAAAAAUCAGUUUGGAUUAUGAAUUGGGAAGAUCUUGAAUGUAUUUAAUGUGUAGUUCAGGCAUAGUCAGACCAAACCAAAAUCUGUGUGGGAAAACAGAACCACAGAGUCUUGGUAGUUUCUCCUCCCACUUUGUUUUUCACUAGAAAUGUUAUCAUCUGUGUUUAUGUCACAUGGGAGAUAUACAUAGUUUUCUAAAUACAUUAGUUAUUGGAGACCAAUUUUGUACAUCGUCAUACUUUGUUUUAUUUUUUAUUUUAGAUACCCUUUUGUGCCAAUGAUAGCUGUCUUUCUGGGAAAGCAGAAAUUGAUUUACAGUUGGGUACAAAGUAAUAUUUGAAAAUAUACAAACUAGUUGACUUGUGUGUUUUAGUUCUGUGUGGCACUCAAGCAAAAUUAAAGAAUUGUCUUUGCUUGUGUAA